AACCGUUUUUGUACACCUGCUUCCGGUUUUUUUGUUUACAUUUAGCAAUUUUACAAACGGAAUAUUAUGAAUGAAAAGUCUCGUUUCUAGAUAAUUGAUUACAAUAGUUUUAAUCCAGUGCACUAAAAUAUUAAUAUUGGUUAAUUGUGUCAGAGAUGGACCCUCACCCCGCUGUAUAAAAAAGUGUCCACAAUGGAGCCAGUCAACAAUAACCAGUUUGAGAUUAUUCCGAGUCAAAAAACCAAACGGAAAAUUGUACCUCCGAGUGCAACGGCCUAUCUCAACCCUGCUCUGGACAUCCUGGCCAACGAGGACCCCAUGUGCAACACCGCAAUGGAAAUUGUACCAGUGAAGAAAAGGAAACACACCAAAAGCACAGAUUUAGCCGCAUUUGAAAACACUGCCCUAGAUGUGGGCAUAAGCAAAGCGGCAGUGAACGAGUUUCUAGUGAAGGAGCUCGAGAAUGUACGGAAGAGUAUAAGAACACAUGACAAAGAUGCUCCAUCUCGAGUAACAACCAAAGAGAUCAUCCCAAUCACUACCAAAGAGAUUAUUCCACCUAUUAUUAACUGUCCAAAUACUAUACUACAUGAAAAUAAAGGAUUGGACGAUCCAGACUUUGAAGACACAACAUGUGUGUCUGAACCCAUUUAUGCUAACUUAAAUGAUUUAAAUGUUAUUGCUGAAAAUGAUGAUGGAGCUAGAAAUACAGAACAUAAUACUUUGGAUGCUACUAAUAGAACAGAAACAAAUGAAAGCUUAACUAAUCUUGAAGGGGGUGAAAGUGUUAUAGAUCUUGAAGCUGACUCAGGCAUUUCAGUGCUAGAACAGAAGUCAUUGAGUGCUGUCAAUGCAGUUGGUGUGUUUGAGACAGGAGACCUCUCCAAUAUCAACCAUACAAAUAUUACUAAUAACAUCUUCAUAAAUAACCAAACUAAUUUAAGUCUAAGUUUUAUAGACCGCCUAGCCUUAGAUUCACCAAAUAUGUCUAAUCAAUCAUUGUAUUUAGAUGACGAUUUGAAUGAAAGCAACAUAAUGGAGAUUAAAACCAUCACAAUAAUAACAAAAAAAAAACGUGUGGUACAUGAGAAAAAGAAAAGCACAAAUCCAUUCCUGAACCAAAGCUUAGAUGAUGCUGUGAAUGUUGUAGCAUUAACUGGUGUCAAUCCAUUUUUGAACAUCAACACAGAAGCAAACCAGUCUGAGAUAGAAUACAAUAGCGAACAGGCCUGUCUGACUCAAGUGAAUCAUGACAGUGCUCCCAUAAUGCCACGAAGACUGUUUGCGAGUGACACAAACAGCACAAUAUCUACUAUGAACGAGUCUGAAUCAAACACGAGUCAGCAUGAGUAUGAAAAUGUGGAUGACUACAGAUCAGAAAGCCCAAUUUAUGAGAAUAUUGGUGAAGCUAACAACUUCAAUAAGCAAAGUAAAAUACUUGGUCAUGACGUUAGAAAAUUCAGUGCCAUUGACAUCAUGAACUUGAAUAAGAACUCACAGGCUAACAGUUCUAACGAAUCUAAUGAUAGUAAGAAAGAUCACAAGCACAGUUUCUUUAAAGCUGGCAACAAACUGUCUAAGAAAGUUUUCAAAACUCUCAAAAAGACAUUUAAGGGUGAUAAACCCGCACACAAUGUCACAUUAAAUCCAUAUGAAGUACCAAGGAAAGUUUCUAAAGUGAAAACCGAAGAUAAAGAAGCAGGAAUAGAGAAUCCAGCUUUAAACAUUGACAAUUCUGAUGAAAUAGAAAUAGAAGAGUUAGACGAUGAUGAGGAACAUCAGUACGAAACAAUUAAAACAUUGAGAAACACUCGUCUUAACAUGAAUGUUACUCCAUUGAAGGAAAGAUGCAAUGAAAUUGUGGAUACAUCGCAAAAUAAGUCUAAUACGCCAGGCAAAAAGGUGCGUUUUGAUUCAACAUUGAAUCAAGAGAAGGUGAUAACAGGUAACAGCUUUGACUAUGGGGUUCAAAGUCCCGGGUUCGAUGUGAAAAUUGAUAAGUAUCAUGAUGAGUUGGAGAACUGUAUGAAUGAGAGAAAGUUCAUUCAGCAGAACAUGUGAAAAUGAUGCCUUGCCUAUUGAAAUAAAUUAUGCUCUUAAUUUAUAAGACUGUCUAGUAUUUCUAAUAUUGUAAACGUAGUUAUAAUAUUUAUGCUUACUUUAAUGUUUAAAAUUAAGUUUACCUACAUAAUGUACCUAAGCAAUUCACUUUUACAAUUUUGCUUUUGAUAAGUAAACAUCUAAAUUUUGCAAAGCAUAAUGCAAUUAUUGUAAUUUAGUACCUACCUACUUUUAUAUUUGACCUAAAACAAUCAAAGAGGCAUAAGUAAAUAAAUAUUCCAAAGUGCGUCCAAAUAAUGUAAUAUUUAAGAAUUUAUAAUUUAUUAAUGUUGUUUUAAAAAUAGUUGCCUCAAUGGUGUUAUUUUUCUCUACCUGUUUGGAUGACCAAUACUAAGUAAUUUAUACGUAUGUAUGUAUUUAAUUAAUUAAUUUUACAAUUUACACACCUAGUUAAGUCAUUAUUAUAAAUAUUUUAUA